GCCACCCCCAGACACUCGGACUCUUUUGUGUCGGGGGAUACAGUGAUACAAGCCCAUGUCUCUCAUUCUCACUCUCAUGAAGCAGAGCUGAGCAUGUGAAGAUGAAUAUCCAACACUGGUCCUACAAGCCGUCCACGUCAUAUGAUUCCCUGCUUCACAUUCGAUACCUUCAUAUAGAAACAUCCUCAAUAUCUUCCCUUCGUCUCUGCACUUCACAUUUUCGCUUUUUCUCGGUCCACCUCUUUCUGCAAAGCCCCAUAACUUCCUUUCUCUUCCGGUCCCGCAGCCGAUCGUCAACGCGCAAAGCCGUCGUGGGUCAUACCGCAACUCCACCAAUUGAGUAACAAAAGAGCUCCACUGGCCUGGCCAAAGUUUGGAGAGAAAAAACAGGACCGAAGUUGACUAAAACAACGCACCGCUUGAGAUCGUCAAUAUCAUUCGAUUCGGGAUUGUCGACGUGUGAUAGAGCAAGGCAGAGCAGAUUGAGAGUCAAGUAGACAGACACUCAUAUUGUGUUUGUCUACACUCACUUUGUAGCUGCUUAAGCUUAUUGUUACUCAUAAUUAACCUCACUUCACUCCAACCCACCAAAACGCAAAUACUACCCGGCUUUUACUCCCGACUUUCCCACUCACUCACCAUUACAAAACAUUAUCCACCGUCAAAACACCAACUCGUCCUAUUCAUCAACGCUAUUCCUUAGGUACAUGACACCACCACCGUCGUGCAUAUCCUUUCACCGCCCAGAGGCCAAUCCAACACCCCUGGUCCCCAGCAUCCCGCUUAGAGCCCCUGCUAGGGCCCUGAACUUUUUCUCGACUGGGGUUCAACUCGGGUUAAGUUAAAUAACAAGAGAAGGCAGACCGCAACUUUUGGUUCUUAUUGUUUCUCCCGCAACCAGGUUUUUUCGCCUUCGCUUCGCUUCACCGCGGAAUAGAAGUGGAAAGCUUAUCCCCCUUCUCCUUUUUUAUAUAUUCAUUACUUUGUCUCUCGUUUUUUUGUUGGUGACUACGGACCUUGGCUGGACUGGGUCGGAGAUUGUGUCUGCCGUUCUUGGGGGAUUAUUAGUAAACGGGUGCUGUUGUGAAUACCCUCUACCUCAUCAUACACCCAUUUACCUUCUUUUACUGGAACGACACACAACACACUAAUCUCACCUUCAUUCACCUUGCCUUAUACUUCGACUGGUCAGCCUGGUAUCGUCGGAUGUUCGCCCAUCAUGGAGGAAAGGUCUGAGUCGCGAGCUUCAGGUACGACAUACCAUAGCUUCGCAGACACGGAGUUGUUUGAACCCAUGUCUCCCCCUCGACCACCCGUCACCCACGAUACAACCAGUCUUCAACACCUCGAGCAUCUUCAACAUGAGCUUCAGCGCCAGCAGCGUGAAGCUCCGAGUAGCAAGGACUGGGUGAGAGAGCGUCGACCUGGCACAGCAAAGAUGCAGCGACAGGAUUCGGGCUAUGAGUCAAACACGCCCCGACGAACCUCUACUUCUAAUACUUCCCACGGCGGGUCUACUAUUAACAACGCUCACCUUCUUGUUGGCCGACGCUCGUCAAAUGGUUCUUCCAAGGAUGGUAGUGGUAGUGGUAGUAGCAACGGCUCAGGAGUCAGAUCUCGUUUCAGAGAUCGUCGCCCUUCACUCCGUCGAGCAGCAAAGACUCACCCCGUUCAACCAACACGCACAUCCAACCAAUCCCUCCACCUCGUACGCACCGCAACAGCUACUUCUCCACCCAAGCAAUCCGCCGCAUUCUUCCACUUCCCAUCGCCAGAUCCCAUCCAGCUCGCCGACACCGUUCCCGACCGCCGCGUUCAACCCACGCCCAUUCCCUCACCACCGCCUCAGACAACACACUACUGGACCAGCGACCGCACCCGCCGUCUUGAAUACGCCGCCAUCGACGCUGCGACGCGCGGUGUGAAAGGCUGGGUGCUCAGACAUCUUGUCCCGGAUUGUUUUGUGUCGUGCGAGAAUAAACAUGUCUCGUUCGAUGAUGAUUCGGGCAGCGUGAGAAGGUAUAGACUUGAACUUGAGGAUGAUCAUGCUGAGAAGGCGGGAGGAAAGUCUGUGCGGCGACGCAAGGGAUGGAAAUUCUGGCGCCGCAGAAAGGUCGAUGCUCAACCUACGGCCUACAUCUGAACAAACCCAACCACGAACAAAGAAACACCCCUACACCCGCAUAUCGCAUCGCAUCGUUGGCGUUAUAUACCCGUUGGCUUUUACAUCGAGUUAAUUUUACAGAAGGACACCUGCAUGAUACAAGAAGAUAAUGAUUUGAUAGCAUUCGGAGCGAAAGAAGGAAAGAAAGUAUGAUCUAGAUGAAGAGAUGUUGCAUGAAGCUUCUAUUCUGGUGAGGGAAGUUUAUUCUUUAUUUAUUUUAUUUACCUGCGAGUUACUAUUUACCAGAUACUUCGGCAUUUAUUACUAUUUAUACCAUAAGCAUAGUUAGUAUUGUUUAAAGACAAGAAUGAUUGACUUUUAGGCAAACAUGUUCAACCUGGUGAGGUCCGUGACCCGUUGUUCUUUGUUCUCCGGGUGUUCAAUAGCUUGGACCGAGCGUUGUUCAAGAGCUUGAUGAUGAUAUAAUGACCGGGCCUCUCAAUUGACCGACCAAUUUCUGAAUACUGCAAUUUUA